AGGGAUGGACACAUUAUCACAGAAACUCUCAUCAUCACAAACAGAAAACAAUAUUACUGCAAGAGAAGUCAACUAAUGUCUUAUCAAGAUGAUGGGCUUCCCUAACUCACACAACAACGCUCCUACAAGAAAUCGUGAUCGCACAUUCAAGAAUAAAUAUUACCCGAUGUGAUGAGACAUGCUGUAUUUACCACUUGUUGCCUUCGCUGCACAGAUGGCACACAAACAAGCAUGCCUACAGUAUACUUUAAUAAAGCGAGACUGUCACUCAUUGUUGUUAACAAUAUCAGCUUCGGUUUAGAGCCUCCAUCUAUUCAAAUAUUUCUGAAAAUCCUUCAUCUACUGUAAUGAUUGGAUGCUGCGUGCCCUCCUGUCGCACUCUUUUAAUCAAUGUUUUAGGAUAAUUUCAUUAUUUGCUUUAACGUCCCCUCAUCACCGAUCCCUGCUGCAAAAUCAAGUGUCGCUUCAUCGCCGUGAUAACAAAAAUGUUUACAAUGCAGACAUUGUUUGCAGAGGGAGCGAGAAACCGACUAUGUUCAAAUGAAUCGCUGUAUAACAUUCUCCAGGUGUUUUCAGAUUUCUCAAAGUCUCAUCUGUCCAUGCGGAACAAAAAUCAGCUGCACGACAACUAUUUUAUUUGAAUCCUUUCCUAAAUUGUUUGUAAUCCAAACCAAGACGAUACCCUUGUGAUAUCAUCUCUAUUUGUUAAUUAAGAUUUAUUUAUUCAGGAAGUCUCAUUGAGGUCAAAGUCUCUUUUACAAGAGACCUAAGGAAACAAAUGUACAACAUGAACCAAUAUUUUAAAGCUUUAUUGUCAAGUAUCAUCUAUAUUAAUUCUAUUUUAACUAUUUAUUUUUUUCUUUCCCUUUUUUAAAUGUAUAUUCUUUACAAUAUUCGUUACUAUAAUUAUUAUUAUUAUUAUUCAUUUAUUUAUUUUUUGUGUUGACCAGUCUCCCAGGGGUGUGGGGUGGUAGUGCUACAGAUGUUGACAUACUGUAUAAUUUACAAUGUGUAAAUGUUUGAAAACCCAAUAAUAACAAUUGAAUAUCUAUAUUAAUGUUAUUUUAAUUCUUUCAUAAUAGCACCGUCAUACUUCGUUUGUGUGUUGUACUAAAUGUUUUGUUUUUUUGAGGGGAGGGGGGACUAGGAAGUAGAGUCACAAGUCUGGAAAUGUGUUAAAAAUAUGUUUUAUUGUGUGGCGGGUUGAGUAUUGCCGGAUUAAAAAGUCUCGAAGGAUUCUCAAAAUAGCUUCAAAACUGUUCUAAGUGUAAAAUGACCUUGCAGGCUUUUGAAAGAUUACCAGGGGUUUAUGGCAUUACAGAGGCACGACACUAAAGACAAGACUAUAAGUAAAAAAAUAAAUAAAGUGUGUGGAUAAAUGGAGGUUUUGGGAGCAAAAUGUGUGUAUUUUUUUGACCUUCUUAUUUAAGUGUCACUAAACAGUUCAUUGUUAUUUCCUUCGAUCUAGAUAAGCAACAGGGAGGAGAAUGGUUCAUCACAGAGAAGAGGAUCUGAUCGGGAUCCCCUUCCCGAACCACAGCAGUGACGUCCUCUGCAGCCUCAAUGAGCAGCGUCGUGAAGGUCUGCUCUGCGAUGUCAUCCUCAUCGUCCGCGACCAAGAGUACCGUACCCACCGCUCCGUUCUGGCUGCCUGCAGCCAGUACUUCAAGAAGCUCUUCACGGUCGCCACCGCUGACGGCGGGGACCACCAUCACAUGGCGGCCGUGUACGAAAUCGACUUUGUGGCUCCGGAGCCUCUCACGGCCAUCCUGGAGUUCGCCUACACCUCCACUCUGACCGUGACGGCGUCCAACGUCAAAGAGAUCCUGAAUGCGGCCCAGAUGCUGGAGAUUCCCUGCAUCAUCAACGUUUGCCUGGAGAUCAUGGACAGCGGGGGUGAAGGUGGUGGUGGAGGAGGAGGAGAAGGAGGGAGAGCGGAGGAGGGAGAAGAAGAAGAGGAGGAUGCAGAGGAGGACGAGGAGGAGGAAGAGGAGGAGGACGAAGAGGAGGAUGAGGGGUCAAGGAAGGACGAGCAGGAGGACGAGGAGGACAACGUCAGCGAGAGGUCGCUGCAGUCGUCGGAGAGCAGGGGGGAGCAGACGCCUCCGGGGACGGAGGACUCGCCGCCUCCCAGCACCUCCACGUACCACCAGCAGUUUGACCUGCACAGAGGGUCGUCACAGUCACAGUCUCCGGACGCCAUGAGAGGAAAACAGGAGAGUAUGGAGAGUCGGGCUCUGAAGGAUUUCUCCAUCGAGUCUCUUCUCCAGGAGGGUCUCUACCCCCGGAUGUCAACACUGGACAGGAGGGCCAACUUCUCUCCUCUCCUCCCAGGCUUCUACCCCUCCAUGUGGGCCGCAGAGUUCCCAGCCUUCCCCAAGCAGCUCCUGGACCCCAGCCACCACCAGCAUCCCCACGCAGGAGCCUCGCCGCAAACCCGGCUGCCCCACGCCUUUCCCACCUCUACGCCGCUCGAGGCCUCCAGGCCCCUGGAUCUAGCUGUGAAAAGAGAGAUCAUAAAGGAGGAGAUGAAAGAGGAGAUCCCGCUCAGUCUGCUCCACGGCAACUUCCUGAAGGAGUUUGUCAGCUCGGGCCUGGGCGGCAACAUGAACGCUGGGUCGGCGCCGUCAGAAGGUCACGCUCUGGGUCCGAUAAAGGACGAAGCCGACUUUCGGUCGUACCUGAGCUUCCUGAGCUCCGCGUCCCACCUGGGGGCGCUGUUCCCUCCCUGGCAGCUGGAGGAGGAGAGGAAGAUGAAGCCCAAAGCGUCGCAGCAGUGUCCGAUCUGCAACAAGGUCAUCCAAGGAGCUGGGAAACUGCCGCGACACAUGAGGACGCAUACGGGGGAGAAACCGUACAUGUGCACUAUCUGUGAAGUACGAUUCACCAGACAAGACAAACUCAAGAUCCACAUGAGGAAGCACACAGGUGAGCGCCCCUACAUCUGCCUCCACUGCAACUCCAAGUUUGUCCACAACUACGACCUGAAGAACCACCUGCGCAUCCACACGGGCGUCCGUCCGUACCAGUGCGAACACUGCUACAAGAGCUUCACGCGGUCUGACCACCUACAUCGACACAUCAAGAGGCAGAGCUGCCGCAUCUCCCGCCCUCGGCGGGGACGCAAACCAGCUGCUUGGCGGUCCACGCCCGCCGGCAACUUCCUGUGCCCCCCCGCCGCGGCCACCAACAACCGGUUUGAGGAGAAUGGGUUAAGCCCCGCAUACCAGGGAGUCAAGAGUCACGGACUUGGGGAGAUGCUCGGCAGCAGGGGUCUGGGAUUUAAGAGCGGGGACGGCGCAGGCAGGGAGGAACGGCGAGCGGAGGGGAAGCGUGUCGCGGAGGAGGAGAAGGCCGGAGCAGGGAGGCAGAGGGGAGUGUUUGCCUUCGCCCUGGCUGGAGAAGAAGUGCUUACCCACUCUCCAUUUUAUGCUGCGACCUCUGACCCCUGGACCAUGAGACUGGAGCGUGCUCCACCCAUCCCUGAGCCGGCCAAAUGAGCCGCGGUCUGUAGAAGAAAAAACAAAAAAGGACAAGAAAGAAAGUCUCUUUAAUCUCUGUGUCUGUUCUGCUCCAGGAAGCUAAAGCACCUUUUGAAAAAGUGAAAGUGAGAUCAAUGAGAAGCCUGCUGAUGUGGCGGUUAGUAAAACAGACUUUUUUUGUUUGGAAAACAAUUUCACAGAUGUCAUGUUGAAGAAUUGUUUACAAAUAUUUUGACAGCAUUUAAAGAGGAGGCGAUCAGUUUGACACUGCUAAUGAGGAAAACAUAUCGGAAUGCUGUUAUAUAUAUCAUUUGCAUUAUUUAUCUACAAGGUUGUCUAAAAUACUAUUAAUUCAAAAACUACAUAAUUCUACGAUGUCAAGAUAAGAUGAGGCUUUUAUACUGAAAAGUAUCCAUAUGCAAAGAAACUAUAAAUCUAUAAAUCAGAGCAGGACCUAUUGCAAUUGUUAAAAUGUUGAAUUGGUGACUAUGAUGAAUGUAAAACAAAUGAUUACAUGUACAAAAAUAAUCAAAAAUGUAUUAUAGAAAAAGGUUAUUAUUACAUUUCACGAAAGGGAAGUGGAGUAGACAUAAAUUAAUAAAAUCAAAUUUAAAUAAAUAAGCCUUCAUCCAUAAAAAUCACGAGUUUUAUUGUGUUUAAGUGCUUUCAAUAAAACAAACAUUAAAAUGGUUUAUUACAGCAGGGCGUAGUCUGGCACAUGUCCUGUACGUAUGUUUCAUCCUAACGUGGUUAUUUAAUGAUAUUCCAAAACAAAGGGAAGCCACUUGAAGUCUAACAAAUCAGGAUAUUUGAUAAUGUGUUAUUAUCCUUUUCACUGCCUUGUUCUGAUUUAAGCUCCUCGUCUGCACUAUUGUACAUAGACACAAACGUUUUGGCCAUGGUGGUGUUAAUUACGGUUGCGUUGCUGAUGAUGUAAAAAAUAUAUAUAUAUAUUGAUCUUUAAAAAGGCAUCCAUCCAAAGAUGUGUACUUUGAUAUUUCACAGACUUGAAUACGACUUUGUUUUAAUGUGUCUUCAGAGGAUGUAUAUUUCUGACUAAUCGAACUGCCGCUUUAGCUAGAUACAGUAUGCUUGUGUUUUCUCUGCUGCAACAAAUCAAGAGGGCUUAAGCCCCCGUUUUUUCAUAUAAUGUUCAUCUCUGAUUUGUGUAUAAAGAAGUUAAAACAUGAUUUGAAUUGAAAUGGGAAAGUAUUUUCUUGCUAUUUAUGCAUAUUUAAAUGAAUGAGCCUUGGCUAUAUUUUGCAAAUCUGUUUUAUAAAGACACUAAAUGUUGAA